AUGCCUACCUCUACAUCACAGCCCUCAGUAGCACCAAAGUCAAGAUCAAAUCCAAUUAGACUCAUUGCCAUAGUCUUGCUAGCUUGCAUUGUCCUCUUGGGUCUUGUGGUGCUCAUCACUUGGCUAAUUCUCAAGCCCAAGCGCCUUGUUUACACCAUUGAAGCUGGCUCAAUCCAAAACUUCAACCUAACCAAUGACCACCUCUCUGCCGACUUUGAUUUUGUCUUAAGAGCCUACAAUCCCAACAAGAGAGUUUCCAUAUACUAUGACUCCAUUCAAGCCACUGUGAACUACAAUGACCAGACACUGGCAUUUUCUGGGGUUGAUCCCUUCUACCAGCGCCAUCGAAACGUGACCCGAUUCAACGUCAAGUUCACAGCUCAUUCCACUGCACUGCCCAGCUCUGUCUCUAACGAUCUACAGCUUGAGAAAAGAACAGGCAAGAUCCAGUUUGAUGUUUGGCUAAAGGCAAGGAUUAGGUUUAAGGUUGGAGCUUGGAAAUCGCGCCAUCGCACAUUAAGGGUUUCAUGUGCCCCAGUGUUGGAGCCUUCAAGGCCUAAGAACUUGAAGAGGACUUACUGUUAUGCAGAAAUUUGA